AUGUCCACCACAAGUCCAAUCCCACAACCCGGCCCCGUCGGUCCGCCCGGCGCCUUACCCACCGCCCCCGUCGCCCCAAUACCCCCGUCAACAAUCCGCAUCAAGCGUGCGCGCGAAGACACCCCGGUAACCGCGUUGUACGUCAACCCAACACUCUCGCUCCCCAGCACCUCGUCGUCCAAGCGUCCCAAGCUCUCCACGCCCGGCACUCCCACCAGCGCCACCUCCACCUCCACCGGCACCGCAGGACCAUCAUAUAUCUUCCGGCUGGCGCAUACAUUGCCGUUCCAACCUUCCUCCUCCCCCUCCCCCUUCACCUCCUCGCAAAUUCCGGCGGUACUCGACGACACGGGCAAAGCGGUAGACGAUGCGGGCAAACCGGGCAGGAAACGCGCGGGAACAGAGGUGGGCGAGGAGGGCGGGCUCCCAGAGGUUAGUGCUGAUAAGAGACGGAAGAUUGCGCCCGUGCGCAGGUAUCAGCUUACUAGGAAGAGGGGGAGGGCACAUCCCUACGGUGCUCUUGGGGCGGGGGCCGGGUCGAGGGGGGCGGUUUUUGUUCAACUGAGGGAUGAAGAGGGUGCGGGUGGGGGGAUGGUGGGGGGGGAGGGGGAGGGGGAAAAGAAAGUGGAGGGGGAGAGGGAGGGGGAAAAGGUGCAGAAGGAGCGCAAGCGCCCGCGAACGCAUCCGAAAGAGAAGGAACUUUUCCGCGAGGAGCGGGAGAAGGCUGUAGUCGUUGAGCAACUGGCGGAUGGGGACGCGCUCAGCCGGGAGAUGGAGAAGCUGAUCCUCGAGUACCUCGACCCUUCCACCAACGAGGGGAUCCGGAAUCUUCCGCCUACGACUACUCCCGCAGUCAAGGAUCGGGUCGGCGGCGGUGUUGGCGGCGGGACGUGGGCGGAGAAUAAAGAUAAAGACGUCAAUAUGACCGAUGACGACGAGGACGAGGACGGGUUCGUCUACGACGUGUAUAUCCGUGAGGAGGUACCUGCGGGCACAGUGGCUAUGGAGACCACCGAGGACUAUGGAGUCAUCGUGUUCGCCGAGAGCGAGGAUGAGGCGUGGUGGUACGAGGGCGCCGAGGAGGAGGAUAAUCUGAGCGACGUGUACGGGUCCGACGACGAGGACUCUAAUGCGGAGGACUUCCACACCAACGACUACCCGGACGAGCCCGCGGGCGGCGAAGACGAGGAGGAUGAGUACGGCGGCGGGCACAACGACGACGAAGGCAGCGACGAGGACGAGGAUGACUACGACGACAGCGAGAAUGAAAACGGCGGUGUGGCGAGUAAGUGGCGCCCCUGGCGUUCAAGGACCGCACCUGGCGACGAGGAGUAUGAUUUCGACGAUAGCGAGGAGGAUGAGGAGCCUACGCUAAGGAAGCUGGUUAGGGGCGCUUGGAGCUUGGAUUAG